ACGUUGGAGGUCAAUUCUCUUCAGCACGACCGGGUUUAAGUGACUAGGUUGAAUAUGGCGCCAAGAGAUGGAUUCGUAGCCUUAUUAAAUGGCAUUUUCUUCGCUUAUUUGUUGAAAUAUAACUGUGUGGGGGCCCGAUCCACUGGGGCUCCAGUCACGAUGAACCCAGAUGUUUGUAGUACGAUGACACCACAGCACUUUUCAAACCCUUCUCAGGAUUUAAGCCCGUAUACCAUCAUUGUGAAUGGUGAUACUUAUACACCUACUCAACCGCUUACAGUAACAAUCAGUACUGCUCAAGGCGCUGGACAAUUCAAAGGUAUUCUCCUCCUGGCCCGACGAGUGGGCUCCAACGAUAUCGUCGGUUCAUGGUCAGUAACGGACUCACAAAACUUCCAGACAGUCUCAUGCGGUCAAAGCAACAACGCUGUCACCCAUCAAAACAGCGAUUUGAAAGAUUUAAGUAUCUCCUUUAUUUGGAUACCACCAAGUGGUGAGGCCAAUGAUAUUUUCAUCGCAGCAACCUUUGUUCAACAGUUUAACACUUUCUGGGUAAAUGUGACGUCAUCUAUUAUUCAAGCUGACCCUUGUACUAACAAUCAAUGUCAAAAUGGCGGAUUUUGUCAGCCUUCUCCCGGGUCUAAUUCACCUUACAUCUGUGUUUGCUCGUUUGGAUUCAUCGGCCAAUUUUGUCAAACGACUGACCCAUGUACUAACAAUCAAUGUCAAAAUGGCGGAUUUUGUCAGCCUUCUACCGGGUCUAAUCCACCUUACAUCUGUGUUUGCUCGUCUGGAUUCUCCGGUCAGUUUUGUCAAAUGAUUUCAAAUUCAGAUUCCUGUGAAGGCAAUCAAUGUCAGAACGGCGCCACCUGUAGCACAGUACCUAGUAGCGGUCUUACCUACACAUGUAACUGCCCGACUGGAUUUACAGGACUAGUGUGCCACCUAGUUUCAACUUCAGAUUCCUGUGAAGGCAAUCAAUGUCAGAACGGAGCCACAUGUAUCCCAGUACCUAGUAGCGGUCUUACCUACACAUGUAACUGCCCGACUGGAUUUACAGGAAUAGUGUGCCACCUAGUGGCCCCUGAUCCCUGUUCUAGUAGCCCCUGUCAGAACGGAGGAACUUGUAACACUUCACCUGGAUCUGAUCUUUCAUUCAUUUGUAAUUGUCGAGCUGGAUAUACCGGUGCCACAUGCCAAAUAGAUCCAUGUGCCGCAAGCCAAUGUCAGAAUGGAGGGAUUUGUGAUCCUACUGCUGGACCAACUCUGCCCUACACCUGUAACUGUCUGACUGGAUACACUGGCGUCAUUUGUCAAACGGAUGUCUGUGCUGAUAAUCAGUGUCAGAACGGAGGUUCAUGUAACCCCUCUCAAGGAUCGAGUCCCCUCUACACAUGUAGCUGCCUGGUUGGGUAUAUCGGAACAUUCUGUCAAACAAGUGUGGAUCUCUGUUCUAAUAACGAUUGCCGGAACGGUGGGUCUUGUAACCCCUUUCCAGGCUCCAAUCCCCCAUACUUCUGCAAUUGUCAGCCUGGAUAUACUGGACAGUUCUGCGAAAUAGCUCCAGAUCCAUGUUCUGGUGCCCCCUGUCAGAACGGAGGAACUUGUAGCAAUUAUCCUGGACCUAGUCUUCCCUACACUUGUACAUGUUCAGUUGGGUAUAUCGGGAACCAAUGUGAAACAGGUGUGGAUCUAUGUUCUAAUAACGAUUGCCGGAACGGUGGGUCUUGUAACCCCUUUCCAGGCUCCAAUCCCCCAUACUUCUGCAAUUGUCAACCUGGAUAUACCGGACAGUUCUGCGAAAUAGCUGCAGAUCCAUGUUCUGGUAGCCCCUGUCAAAACGGAGGAACUUGUAGCCCUUCUCCUGGACCUAAUAUUCCCUACACAUGUACAUGCUCAGUUGGACAUAUCGGGAACCAAUGUGAAACGGCUUUGGAUCUUUGUGCCAAUAACCAGUGUAUGAACGGAGGAUCUUGUAGUCCUUUUCCAAACUCCAACCCGCCAUACUUCUGUCUAUGUCAACCUGGAUUUAGUGGACAGUUCUGCCAAACUGAUCCAUGUUCUAGUAGCCCAUGUCUAAAUGACGGAUCUUGUAGCCUUUCUCCUGGAGAUGGCCUUCCGUACACUUGUAACUGCUCAAUUGGAUAUACCGGUGAUGUCUGUGAAACAGCUCUAGGUAGCUGUACAAGUCACCAAUGUAUGAACGGAGGAUCUUGUAACCCAUUUCCAGGUUCCAACCCGCCAUAUUUCUGCAGUUGUCAACCUGGGUAUAGCGGACAGUUCUGCCAAACUGCUCCAGAUCCAUGUUCUGGUAAUCCUUGUCUGAACGGGGGAACUUGUAACCCUUCACCUGGAUCAAGUCUCCCUUACAACUGCAACUGUCUCGAUGGUUUCACUGGUGACACUUGCCAAAUGGCUCCAAAUCUCUGUGCAAGCAACCAGUGUCUGAACGGAGCAUCUUGUAGUCCUUUUCCCAACUCGAACCCUCCAUACUUUUGCAUCUGCCAGGAAGGAUCUAGUGGACAGUUCUGCGAAAUAGAUCAAUGUUCUAGUAGCCCCUGUCUGAAUGGAGGAAAUUGUAACAUUUCCCUUGGAUCAAGUCUAAGCUACACCUGUGACUGCCCAUCUGGAUAUUCUGGUAUCACGUGUCAAAUAGCUUCUGAUCAGUGUGCUUGUAACCCGUGUAUGCAUGGAGCAUCUUGCAAUCCCCUUUCAGGUUCCGACCCUCCAUUCUUUUGCAUUUGUCCUCCUGGAUAUGGUGGACAGUUUUGCGAAACAGAUCCAUGUUCUAGUAUCCCAUGUCUAAACGAUGGAUCUUGUAGUCUUUCUCCUGGAGAAACUUUACCAUUCACUUGUACCUGUCUUGCUGGAUAUACCGGUGUCGUCUGCCAAACAGCUGUGACGUCAGAAGUGUGCGCUAGCAACCCGUGUAAGAACGAUGGAUUGUGCCUGCCGUCAUCUAUAUCAGAUCCUCCAUUCUCCUGCAUCUGUUUACCUGGCUAUACCGGAGAGUUAUGUGAUAUAGACGUAGUUACUACUAUAUCGACUGAAACUCCGUCGAGUUGUUUACCUAAUCUGUGUAUGAAUGGAGGAACUUGUAUUUCUGAGCUUGGCCUAUCAUUUUGUGAUUGUGUCGAUGGAUUUGGGGGAAACUUGUGUGAACAACCAGACCCAAUAAUUAACGAAUGUGAUUCAAACCCCUGUCUAAAUGGAGGAACCUGCAUUGAUGGUCAAGGUUCAUUUAUUUGUACAUGUCAAGCUGGUUAUUAUGGAACCCGGUGUGAAGAUCAGAGCAACCCUCCGACAAUUUCCACAACCCAAUCUGCUAUUCGUACAACUUCACCAGGCAUUUCACCUCCUGAGACAACUCACUCUCGUGAUGAUCCAUUAUCUGGGAUAACUGUAGAGCAAGUAGCUGCUAUAUCAGCUGGGUUUGCACUGCUCAUACUGAUCAGUGUAAUCAUUUGGGUGGCAGUUUGCAUACGACUCCAAAAAGACAUUAAAAAAAAGAAGGACCCCCUGUCGAUGAUCGCCACACCCUACGCCAUCCAAGACCGUCCAGUGUUAGAUCUUGAGAUGCAGGAAACAAACCGAGCAAGGGGAGAGGAUAUUUAUGUCUUAUCGUAAAGACAACGAAUAUAGCACCUUUUCAUUCAUUAAAAUACAAUUUAAUUUGUAUCAAUUUUAUUUCCAUUGUGAGAAUAUACACAAGAUCUGUCUUGUCUAAUACUAUACUGUACAUAUGCAGUCAAAGUUGAUUGCUCCAGAUCUAAAGAUCUGAGGUUGAUCCUUAUCUAAAAGAAAUAUCUUCUAAGCAAGCUUAUAUUACUACUAUCAUUAUUAUCAAUAUAGAAAUCAUAAUAAUCUUAUUUUCCAUUGUCAUGUAUUGUGGCGUCAUAAUGAGUAAUUUCUAAAUUGUUUAGUCACCAGUCUCCUCAUUUUCAUACCGACCAGGAUGUGCAUAUAAUUGUUUUGUGAAAUUAAGCAAAACUUUAUUAAUUUUAUUAUUAUUACGAUUAUCAUUAUUAUUGCUACCAAUAUAUUUAUCUUUUAUCAUUAUUUCAUCAAUGCCAUAAGGUAGUUAUUGCCAAACACGAAUGAAGUGUUUGUUGAAUACUGCAUUCACACAUACUAGUGAUCUUCUAAUUCAUGGAAAUUAAUAUUUACUCUGAUACUAUCUGGAAUUCAGUUAGAUAGCCAUUUUCAUUAUAUCCCUUUCUCUCUAUGCCAAUUAAAUGAUUUUUAAUU